UAUCAACACAUUCAAUUCACCAUAAAAAAAAAAAUGUCCCUCUUUCCCAAUAGCAUCUUUGGUCGAAAAAGAUCAAAAUCACCACAAGAUCACCAUCAUCAUCACCAAACAUGGAACAACCACCCAUCAUACCAAACCCAUGGUUAUGAAGUAUCUCACCCAAAAAACCCCCACAUAACACCACCAACUUUCUACGAGCCAUCACCAAUUGUCAACACCACUCACAUAGAGUGGAAAGAAACCCCCGAAGCUCACGUAUACAAAGCCCAUCUCCCCGGGAUGAAACGAAGCGACGUGCGAGUCGAAGUCGACGAUGACAGAAUGCUAUGCAUCAUUUGUGAGAAGAGUGUUGAGAAGGAAGAACAAAGAGGUGGAUGGCACCGUGUUGAGGUCGCUAGUGGCCAUUUUGUUCAGCGUCUUACUUUGCCUGAAAACUCUAACGUUGAUCAUGUUAAGGCUUAUAUGGAUAAUGGUGUGCUCACUGUUAAUGUUCCUAAGAGUAGAGUUGGGAACAAACAUGUUAGGAGUGUUCAAAUUUCUCAUGUUUGAGAACUUAAUUACCACCGUGUCAUUAUAAAAGUGGUCAUUAGAUAGAAAGAAUGUAAACACCUGUUAUCUUAAAAAUUGAAGGUGGAGUAUUCAUAUGUAUCUUUCUAGAAGAGACACGGUUAACUAUAUAAAUAAAAUAUGACUAAGUUGUGUUUUUC